GAAAGAGAAGGUAAGAGCACAAAGUGCAAAGAGUGCAAAAAUUACGACUAUUACAACUCCAACUUAACCUUACUUUGUGUCUUGCUCGUAAACCUCGCGAAGAUUACGUAAAAUCGUUGGUAUUAUCAUGGAUAACAACAUAGACGCGAUCGUUCAAAAUUUGGAUGAGGAAAAUGAGUCCAAGGCGGUGAUGCUGUUCGGCCGAGACAUCAGGAAGAUCCCCUGUUUCAAGCAGAGUAUGCUGUCCGGUAUCUACAGCGGUCUCGCAGCCGGCCUGGGCACCUUCAUGUUCACCAGUCGCGCGAAACUAUCGACGAACGUCGCCCUGGGAUCCUACAUGGGAGUCACCGUGGUUUAUUGGUGCUACUGCCGAUACAACUACACGAUGGAAAAGUACGAAAUACGGAACCUGCAAAAUAUCAUUCAGCAAAAGUCGAUCAACGCGGAAAAGAACAAGGGAAGUGUUUAGGAACAUCAGAGAAAACUGGUUGACAUAUGAAAACUGUUUGUCUGUCGCUUUUAGACUUUUAAAAUGAUAUAC